AUGCGCAAAAGACGAGAAAAUGGUCUUUUCUAUAACUGCGAUGAAGGUUUUCAGGAUGGCCAUAAGUGUCUUAAGCAACAAAUUUAUAUGUUGGAUGCUGAUGAUGAAGAGUCGACACAAUCUGGUGAAGAAUCACCUGUCGAAACUCCAUUGUCUCCUACUCUAGAAGAAGAAGUCGAGAUUUCAUUUCAUGCUCUAGCUGGAAAUGUCUCCCACAACACCAUUAGGAUAGAGGGAGAUUCUAAGAAGCAUCCACUGACAAUCUUGAUAGACAGUGGCAGCACUCAUAGUUUUCUCGACCCAGCUGCAGCUGCUAGAUGUGGAGGGAAUCUUGUUCCUACAGCCUCAUUGUUAGUAUCAGUAGCAAAUGGUAAUAAAAUGGUUAGUAAUGCUAAGUGUCCAUCUUUUCAGUGGCAAAUGCAGGGACACCAAUUCCAAUUUGAUAUGCGUCUCUUAACCUUGGGGGGCUGUGACAUGGUGCUUGGAGUGGAUUGGAUGAAAGGUAUGAGUCCAAUGGUUUUUGACUUCAAUAAACUGACUGUAGAAUUCUCUCUGGAGGGGCAUCCCAUCAAACUACAAGGUAACAGUCCUACAACUCAGCUUUCUAUGAUGACUAGUAAGGCUUUGCGUAAAUGGGUUAGGCAGAAUAAACAUGGAAUGGUUGGUAGGUUAUUUGCUAUUAAUGCAUGUGAAGAACAAACUGUGACCCCUACCCCCAUUUUACCCUUAUUACAAAAAUAUGAAACUGUUUUUCAAGAACCCAACACUCUUCCCCCAUCUAGGGCUCAUGAUCAUCAUAUUCCAUUAAAACUACUCACUACACCUUCAAACCAAAGGCCUUAUCGUAUUCCUUAUAUUCAGAAGGAAGUAGUAGAAAAACUGGUGCAGGAAAUGCUCAAAACUGGGUAUCAUCAUAUUCGUGUGUUUCCUGCAGACACAUACAAGACGGCUUUUAAGACUCAUCAAGGGCAUUAUGAGUUUAUGGUGAUGCCAUUCGGCUUAACCAAUGCUCCAGCCUCCUUCCAAGCAUUAAUGAAUGAUGUUUUUCAGCCGUACUUGAGGAAGUUUAUCUUAGUGUUUUUCGAUGACAUAUUGGUAUACAUCCCAGAUAUGACUUCCCAUUUGAGACAUCUAGAGAUCACUCUUAAAACUUUACAAGAACAAACACUAUAUGCCAAGCUCAGUAAAUGCACUUUUGGUCAACCAAAAAUCGAGUAUCUGGGACAUAUCAUCAGUGGUGAAGGAGUCACAACUGAUCCUACAAAAAUCUCUUGUAUGCUCAAUUGGCCAGUACCAACUACCUUGAAGGAGCUGAGGGGAUUUCUGGGCCUUACAGGCUACUAUAGAAAGUUUUUGAAAGCCUCCAUUUGUAAGCCUUUGACAGAAUUACUUAAGAAGGAGAGCUUCAAGUGGAAUGAUGCUGCACAUAAUGCUUUUCAAGCCCUCAAACAAGCUGUCACCACCACUCCAGUGCUAGUGCUCUCUGAUUUCACAUUUCCAUUUGAAAUUGAGACGGAUGCUUGUGAUACAAGGGUGGGAGCAGUUCUUAUGCAGAAUAAAAGGCUAAUUGCUUAUUUUAGCAAAGGCAUGGGAACAAGAUUUCUUUCUUUGUCCACCUAUGAGAAAGAAUUACUUUCCAUUGUGAUGGCAGGAAUUGAGAAUAAAGUGGCUGAUGCUUUGUCAAGGGUACCUCAAGCUUCAUCACCACAAUUUCAACUCAUUUCUCAAUUACAGCCUGCCUGGUUUGGAGAAGUGCAAGCUAGUUACAAUUCAGAUGCUUUGGCUGCUGAAAUCAUUCCACAACUCACACUUUCUCCUUCCAGCAAACCUCCAUGCACUUUUAUUCAAGGCAUUCUGAGAUAA